AUGUUCAAUGAUAAGGAGUCUAAGACUGUUACGAUCACUGCCUGUACAAAGCAUGGUUUCGUCACCACAGAAGCCAUUACUCUACAAGGGCCUGUACUUUGUAUUGGCGGACAAGUUUUCCUAUGGGAUAUCUUCAAAGAAUCCGGAGCAAUAGCACAGUCACUGGAAAAGAGCUCCGAUUCUGCACAAAAAUUAAAUUCCUCCCAGCGAUCCAUCUUUGAAACCAUAGAUGAAAAAACUGCACAGGAGAUCUUUAAAAUAUUUGAGUUAAUGAAUCCUCGGCCAGAGAUCUUAGUCAUUGGGACUGGAAAGGCUUUCGCGCCAUUAAGCCCAGCUAUUCGGUCUGUGAUCCGUAAUUUAGGAAUACAAGUUGAUAUGAUGAGCACAGCCAAUGCGGCGGCGACUUACAAUAUGCUGGCAGAAGAGGGUCGUGACGUUGCUGCUGCUCUCUUACCAUUGGAACCUUCAACAGUUCAAAUUGUCCAUGGUAGUCAAUAA